AUGUCCUCUCCAGUCCCCGUCUUCGACGCAAAAAGCGAUGCCCUUCCGCCGGUUGGGCCCCAGCGGUCUGCGCGUGCCGCUCUUCUCUCUCGGCGGCUGGCUCACCCCUCGGAGGCUCCGUCGUCGGGCGAGAGCGUCAAGGACAUCAUGCAGGCCGCCUUCGAGAAUGGGAUCAACAUGUUCGACACCGCGGAGGACUACCAGAAAGGUGCGGCUGAGCGCGAAAUGGGACACGCUAUCAAAGAACUUGGCUGGCGCCGCACGGACCUCGUCAUCUCAACCAAGAUAUUCUGGAGCCACGAGCCAGGCACGGGCCCGAACGACACGGGGCUGUCGCACAAACACGUUAUCGAGGGCACGAAGGCUUGUUUGCGACGGCUCCAGAUGGACUAUGUCGACGUCAUCUUCGGCGCAUCGUUGCGAUACCACCGUUCCGAUGGAGGAGAUCGUCCGGCAUUUAACUAUGUUAUCGACCAGGGCUGGGCUUUCUACUGGGGCACCUCCGAGUGGAGCGCGCACCAGAUCGAGGAGGCGCAUCAUGUUGCCACGCGCUUAAACCUCAUCGCGCCGAUCGCGGAGCAGUGCAAGCACAACAUGUUCCACCGCGAACGUCCGGAGAAGGAAUACGCCCCUUUGUACGCCAAGUACGGCCUGGGCACAACCGCAUUCUCUGCACUGCAGGGCGGACUGCUGACGGGGAAGGUAUAUCCUCCUCAACCCUCUAACACACGGCACGCGCUUCGCCACCGUGCCCAUGUUCCGGGGGCGACGGAGGGUCCCCAGGGCGAAGAGCUGCUUUGGAAAGUGCGUCUCCUCAGCCAAAUUGCUGCGGGUGCGUCGUUUCUCCCCGACUUGCUGAACUCUGGGCGGAACCGCGCUGGCGCGCGGCUCGAGGCGAACCUCGGCGCGCUUGAGGUCCUGCCCAAGCUGGAUGCUGCGGUGUUGGCGCGGAUCGAGGCUGUGUUGGGUAACCGCCCGCAGGAGCCGGAGACGUAUGGUCGCCCGCCGCUGGAUCAGGGCAUCCUUUGA